CAGCUUCGUACUCUCUCUUUUUCUUUCUUGAUAUCCAUACUGGGUUUUGCUUCUUUAGCAUAACCUCCUCUCUAGGGUUCUUCAAUUUCGCGGAAAAUAUUAGCUCCCGAAAUUUCGAAUGAUAUAAACUGGAAACCCAUCAGUGACAAAGUGAAAAAACCCACAUCACCAAACGCGUUUCUUGCUCAACAAGGACUUCGUCUUUGCCCCCCUUGUUUCUAAUUCUUGAGUUGGAUGCACCUCUGGUUUUUCUUUGAUCUUAUCUUUUUAAUCUGAAAUUCUUUGAAUCAGUGGUCUUUGGCUGUUUUGGGUUUUUCUGGGUUUUUGAUCAUUGUUGCUACACUGUCUUUGUGACCGACUGGGAUUGUGUUGAAUGGAGUGAAUAAAACUGGAGUCUUGCUAGGAUCAAUCAAUUGGGUGAUUUUCUUAAAAGGGUACGUGCCGAUUAUAUAUAUUUUUGACAUUAUGGCAUCUUCUCAUGGUAAUAAUACUCACUCUGAAGCAGCAAAGAAGGAACAAAUAAUCACUGAAUUCUAUGCUAAAAGUCUUCACAUAAUUCUCGAGUCGAGGACUCCAUAUAUGUCCUCGAGAAAUUAUAGUGGCGAACAAGCCUUGUCGUCGCCAUCAUCGUCCUCUUCGUCCUCCUCGAGUGUGAGGCCGAGGGAUAAGUGGUUUAAUUUAGCUCUAAGAGAAUGCCCUGCUGCGCUGGAGAAUCUUGAUCUCUGGCGCCAGAGCAAUUUUGAACCUAUGGUGGUUGAUGUGGUUUUGGUCCAGAGACGACUUGUUAGUGACCCGGUGGAAUGUUCACCUAGAAGGGAUAUUGCUAGGAACUUGUCAUUGAAAGAGCGGUAUCCAUACUGUUGGAAUUAUGAGCAGGAAGAUUUUUGGUGUGAGGCAAAGAGUGAAAAGAUUAUAGAGAGAUGGGUACUGCAGUAUGAUACUCGCAAGACUAGAGAUACAAAAUCAGGGAGUAGGAGGUCGAGCAAUAAUCCUUUACAGAUGUUGUAUAAGAAAUCAAUAUUACUCUUGAGGUCUUUGUAUGUUACUGUUAGGCUUUUGCCUGCUUAUAAAAUUUAUCGUGACCUCAAUUCGUCUGGCCAAAUUCUUCCAUUUACUCUUGCUCACCGGGUGGCCUCUUUUGCUGAGCCCUUCACAUGUAGAGAGGAUGCAGAAAUGCAGCGGUUUGAGUUUACCCCUGUGGAUACGGCUUGUGGUAGGCUUUGCCUUUCAGUGUUGUAUUGUUCAUCACUUUCAGAUGUAAGCUCUGAACCGUCGACUCCUAUGUCUCCACAAGUUAUACCAGACUAUGUUGGGAGCCCAUUGGCAGACCCGCUUAAAAGGUUCCCAUCCCUUCCUGUGACAGGAUCAUUAUCACGUGCCACUCCAUUAUCGUCUUCAUUCUCGAGGCGUCAUAGUUGGAGUUAUGACCAUGGUAUAGAUUCACCACCUUCAGUUUCUUUCUCACCUUCGCCUACGCGUUCAGAACCUCAUGCUUCAAUUUCUAACCCAAGAUCUCGCCAUUUCCCACCCACAAGCUUACCACGUUAUCCGCCUGAAACAUCUCUUGAUUAUAAGAAGGAUAUAGGUUUUUAUGAGUAUUGUCCUUCACCUGGCUUUUCUCCCGCACUGUCCCCAUCAGCCUCUCCAUCAUUGCCAAUCUCUAUUCCUGGCAAUCAUGUUUCAAAGAAUCUGUUACGAUCUGAGAGUGCACCAUUCAGUGCCCCAGUGGCCAAACGUGCUAAUUCCCCUGCAUCAUCCCAGAAGCUAUAUUUUCCUCCAUCUCCCCCCCUUACGAGUACAAGUUCUGGUACUUUGAAGACUGAUAAAGCUACAGUUGGGACAUCAGUUGAAAAGUUAUUCUCUUUUGGGAAAGGGGAGUCUAGACAAUGUUCUGGGCUUAAGAUACCAUCAGGCGGCUCACCGCAGAUAUCCUUUUCCAGAAGCUCCACUAGGUCUUUUCCUGAUGAUUUUGAUGAUUCGGAGUAUCCUUGCCCGUUUGAUUAUGAUGAUGAUGUGACAGACCCCGGUAGCAGACCUGAAUCCUUUGACCAAAGGCAUGAGCCUGGAGGAUUAUUUCCAAUUAGAAAAUCCCAAGAUGCUGCUGUUGGCGCGCUUGUGAAAAUGCUAAAGAAAGCCCCACCUCUUCGGCAAGAGGUCUCAGAUUCAGUAAGUUUGUCACAAGGCUGCAGGCUUGAAAUGUGGAGUGAUAGUAAACAAGAGGCCAAUCUUUCUUCUGAGAGUCGGGCACCAGUUCAGCCUGGUGAUUCCUCAAGUGUUAUAUCUUCAGGGCUCAUAACAUCAAAAACUACAGCUGAUGCCUUAGAAGAGCUCCAAAGUUACAGGGAUAUAAAAAACUCGUUACUGGCGCAAAGUAGUAAGUCUCACAUGUAGUCCAGACAUGCUCCUGCAGCCUUUUUGAACAUAUGUACAGCAUUUUGGCUCGAGUGUUAAUGGUUUGAUGCUAUAUGGCUGAAAGAACUAAUAUUUUGGCCUCAACUCUCAUUUUGUACAUAUAUACAUAUGGGAAAAUUUGAUACUGUAAGUUUGAGGAUAAUGUUUAUAAUUUCAUUUGGAGAGCUGCUCCUUGUUCAUAAUUGUCUAAUAUGUGCAAAGGUUGGCUUAUUGGCUGUCUAGUGGUACUUCCUUUUGUUUGAUAUAUUUUUGUUAUU